UGUGGUUAAUAAGACCCUCCUUUGUUUCCGGAGACCUGAUGGUGCGUGUGUGUGCAUAUUGGAGGCACCUAUAAAAUAAGAGAAUCAGAGAUCAUCAAAGAGGAUGUGAGGGAAAAACCACAUAUUACUUCAUCAGCUCUUUACCCAACUCUGUGUCUGAUGUUGUUUCAAACAGCAUUUUGUUGUUGUUCCGUACUGUAAAACCAGUGGGUUUUGUUGAAGAUAUGUCUGUAUUCUCAUAUACAUCUAGAACACUUUGCUUUCGGGUUUAGUUAAUGGUCGUAUAUUCAUGCAUGUGUACUUGGGAAUACUCCGAUACAUAUAGGUCCCUGCCUUGUGGAUUCGCUUAACCGAUAAUAUGUCUGUGUAGUCAUGUACAUGUAUAUAGAAAUAUGCCGAUAUAUCUAGGAUAUUUUCUCGGCUGCUCGGUACAGGCAGAUUUUGUUUCUUCUUGCCUUCUUGUCUUAAUAACAAGGUGGUCCAGCAGGUUCUUUCCACCUUCUUGUUUUGUGUUUUUUUUUUUUUCCCUUAAUGCUUUGGCAGAGGGCUUUAUUGCAUAUUAACCUGGCAUGCGCCCUUGCUUUGAUCUGAAUUUUCUUGUGUUCUGUUGUCUGGUUGUGCAGCCCAGCUCAAUGGCUCCUCUUACAGGACUACUGGAAAACAGAACACCUUUUUUCAUUGUCCUCAUCCCCCGAGAGAGAAGAAAGCUCUGCAGAUUCCCACAGACUUUGCCUUAGUUGGACUGUCUGACUUUGCUGUUUGUCUUUGGUAAGGUUAUGAGGAGUUAAAGUUGAUGUGGACCAAUUAAAAAGAGGCAGUUGUAAUAGCACCAGCUAUUUCAUGCUAUUUCGAAAUACACCUUUUAAGUUUUAGAAGAUAACUGUUACUUUGGUUGCGUGAAGAUUUUCAGUUUCUGUUUUACUCUUAUAAUUUUUGAGGGUGGUGGAAACUCAGUUAUAGGAAACACACCUCCAAAAUAUAUUUUUAUUAUGAUCUUUUGAUUAAAAAUAGCAGUGGUAAAGAAAUUAAGAGGAGCAUAUUUUUGGAUGAUGAAACGUUUAACUGGAUAGGUUUGGUUUUCUUUGCGAUUCUCUUUAUUAUUUUUAAUCACAUGUAUUUUAAUUCCUGGUAGUUUUGAGUAUAAAAUGAAAUGUGAACUAAGCAGUCUUCCACAGCAUCUGUUUAUGUAUAUUCCCUCAGUUUCAAGCAUUUGCUUUUAAUUUGAAGGGGAAGUUUUCCAUUGGUUGGAUCAGGAUCCAUUAUUCUUGGCAAAAUUCUUACCUCAUGCUACCAUGGUCAAAUUCUUUUCUUUUCUUUUUUUUUUUGGUAGAAGUUAAAAUUGGUAAAAGUUGUUUUUUCUAUUGGAAAGGUUUUGGUUUAUGAUGAAAGAUGUAAAUAAAAUUUUAAUAUCAAUUAGUUUAACUAGAUAAGUUAAUUUAAAAACAAGAGCUUCAUUAACUAGUAACACUAAUAUUGAAGCAUCCCAAAACAUUUAUAACCUGCCUGUCUUGAUUGCAUGAGACAUUUUUUAGGAAUCUCCUUGAAACAAACCAUAAGAGGGACUCUUAGAUAAACAGAGUGUAACCGGAAUUAUCACUGAAAUAGGCUUGCAUAGUAUUGCAAUACAGUGCAACUUUAAUUUUGCAAGACUGACUUAGCUAUUUUUUGUGUAAACAAAAGUACCUAAAUACAGCCUGGCCUUGUUAUUCAGCAUUCUGUUAAUCAAAAUCUUUACCAACCCACAGUUUAGCAUUUUUGUAGUAUGAUCCCAAAACAAAAACCCACUGCCUUCGAGCCAUUUCCAACGCAUAGAAAGUACCCCAUAGGGUUUCCAAGGCUGUAAAUCUUUAGGGAAGCAGAUUGCCACAUCUUUCUUCCGCGGAGCGGCUGGUGGGUUCAAACUGCCAACCUUUCAGUUAGCAGCCAAGCGCUUAACCACUGUGCCAUCAGGGUUCCUUGUAGUAUGAUUAGUGAAGAAAAAUUCUAAAGUAACUUCUAUAUCAUCACAAUAGAUUAAAUUGUUAAAUUCUGUUUUAGUAUUAAAUAUAUGCAUUCAUUGGAAACCCUAAUAUUGAUAUAUUAGUGAUGGUAAUAGCAUAUAUGAUAACACAUUGUUAAUCAAAACUGGGAUGCAUUUUCCUCCCAACAAUGUCUGAUAACAAAAAGUAGAUUGUUUUUCCAUUGAGCAUUCCGUAUCAAUAAUUUUCUUUUUCAAAUGGCAGUUCAUUCUGAAGUCAGUAAGACAGUAAUGUUAUUGUAAUGUAUUAGCUUGAACCAUAUGGAAUUGCCAUUUUUAAAAGUAAAAAAUGGCCAAAUAUCAAUUUCAUAAGACUUAACCCAGUAGUAGAAUGUUUGGAAGAUAAUUACAAAUUUAGAUUCUGUGGCUCUCAGUGUUUUUUGUGUCUAUUGUUUUGUUUCCUUUUUAUCUUUGUUAGUAACAGUAGAGGUAUUUUCUACAUUUACCAGGUAUGACAGAGGAGAGAAUGUGAUUUGUCCAAGGACAUAGAGAUUCAAAAUCUGCAGUCUUAAGUAAUUGGAAAAAAAAUUUCUGUUUUAACAAGGUUGGACAUGUACCUAGAAAAAAAAAGAGUACUACUAUAGCAGUCCGUUGUCCCAUCCUGCGCAUUCCCAGUUUUCAAUCCCGGUGAGGCAGCCACUUUAAAUUCUUAGCAGCCUUCUUGUAUUUACCUUCACAUUUAUUUUGUUUUUAAUGUUUAUACUGCUAUUUCUUGAUUUUUUCAGCUUUAGAUAUUAUCUGUGGGCUUCUACUUUGGAAGUUGAGGACUUAGCUCUCCCACACAACCAUUUCUCCAUCCCCCACUCAUAACUAUACUUCACAGUUCUUAGUUAAGUCAGUAUUCAGUAUUUAUGUGAUUAUGACAAUGUACUUAUUAUUCACAAAAGAACCAUGUAGUGUACUGUUACUACAUUUUCAUUCUUGUACAACUUAUUGUUUCUCCUGAAUUAAAUAAUUGCCUCUUUUGUUUGUUUGUGUGUUUUUCAUUUGCAUAGUUUUCUUUGUGCCAGUCACUAAUUCAUCCUCAAAGUCUAUAACAGAGCUGGUAAUCUCUCAGUGUUUUCAGGUUACCUCUCAGUUUCAUUUCUUUUUCCUUGGAGACAGUCUUCUUGGAGCUCUCGCUGUCCUAUCCCAAUCUAGAUUGAUUUGAUCUCUGGGUUGCUGUAUAACUGUAAUCCUGGGACUUCCCUUUGUCAUCAUCUUGGGAAUCCCCUUUGCAUUCCUCCUGUGUUGGGUCGCCUAUUUCCUGGAUCCCAUGUCUUCCUUACUCUUUAGUAGCUUCCUGAGAAAGGACACAUGCAAAGUCUGUAAUUCCUUCCAGAAUUCAGAAGUUGCAUGUCUGGAAAUGUCUUCAUUUUACCCUCACACUUGAAUGGUGGUUUAGCUGGGUAUUGAAUUCUGGGUUGAAGAUUCGUGUCCCUCUUGUUAAAGGCAUUUUUCCAUUAGCUUCCAGUGUUGCUAUUGAGAAAUCCAAUGCCAUUCUAAUCCCCAUUCCCUUGUGUAUGACCUCCCCCCACACACACUCUGGAAAUUUUUAGAAUCUUUUGUUUAUUCCUGAUGUAGUGACAUUUCAUGAUGGUCUUUUACUUUGUUUGUGUGGCAGAUUGUGUUUUCCAAAAAUGACUAUAUAUGUGAACACACGCACACACACGUUCACACACAUCAUCCCACCCAAUAUAGGCUUCUUUGUGGGGUUUACAGGUGAGGUCUGUGUUUCCUCCCUUGUACCUGGGCAGACACAAAUGCUUCCCAGAAUGUUUUAGAUCUUGAGCCAGCAUUGUGGUUUAGGAGCAUGACUGGGUGAUCAAGAGCAUACACCUGAACAGUGGCCACUGCUAGAUGUCCAGAGCCAUCCAGGUCGGCAUCUACCUUCCCCUUUGUCUUGUGACAGCUAUUCAGACAUUUAGAUCAAGCACUAUGAUGGAUGUGUAUCUGUGGUGGGAAGGUGUUUAGGUUUUGUUUUAUUACGUUUAAAUGGAAUUGUUGCUGGAAACACCAGUUAACAUCAGGGAUAGUUUCUUCAAGCAGUGAAAUGCAGUCACUUUCGGAAUCAACAGAAAGGUUAUCGGUACAUUUUAAAAAAACAAAUCCACCUUCGGAAGUGACAGAACCAUUCAUGACCAAAAAGAAAUUAUCUUUAAUCUUCAUGAUUAAAAAUCUCAUGAGUAAAUAUGAUAAAUGUAUUGUUUGCAGAAAUUCUUGUGAUGAGAAGAUGGAGACAAAAUGGAACUCCGGAGACCAUAGCUUGAUUGGACAUUGACAGUGACUUUUGUAUUUGUCCCAUGGAUACAUAUUUUUUUUUAAUAUUCUUUUUUUACUCAUGCAUUUGUUUCUGUUUUCAGCUGCCUUGUCCCUCAUCUGGCUUUUCUGUGACUCCACAGGAGUGACUGAGUAUUGCUAAAGAACUUUAGGUUCAUAACCAAAAAUCUGAAGUGAAUGCUUAGCACUGCCCAGGAAAACUACCACUGAUUCCGAGUGUCUAUUAUGCCCACCUGUACAAGAACCAGGACGUGGGUGAUGAGCCAUUAAUGUAGGGUAAAAUCUGGCUCUAAAGAAGGAGGCUCACUGGCCCAUUCACCAAACUUAAGAGAUGUUGAGAAUUAAACAUCCACAGUUCAUCCAUGAGCUCGGAUUUCCCUCAUUACAACUUCAGGAUGCCUAACAUCGGAUUCCAGAAUCUGCCUCUCAACAUAUAUAUUGUGGUUUUUGGCACUGCUAUAUUUGUCUUCAUCCUUAGUUUACUCUUCUGUUGCUACUUGAUUAGGCUAAGACAUCAAGCACACAAAGAAUUUUAUGCCUACAAACAGGUUAUAUUAAAAGAAAAAGUAAAAGAACUAAAUUUACAUGAGCUCUGUGCAGUGUGUCUGGAAGACUUCAAGCCUCGCGAUGAGCUGGGGAUUUGUCCAUGUAAGCACGCCUUCCACAGAAAGUGCCUUAUUAAGUGGCUGGAGGUGCGGAAAGUGUGUCCACUGUGCAACAUGCCAGUUCUGCAGCUGGCCCAGUUGCACAGUAAGCAGGACCGUGGACUCCCACAGGGGCCCCUCCCUGGGGCGGAGAACAUUGUAUAGCUCACCACAAGGAUCAGACUGUUGCAGGAUAUGCCAUUCGUGUGGAGCCAGGAGGAGCACAAGCAGUCUCUGGGUUGGCUGCUCUCCACCUGAGGUACCAGCUGCCAUUUCCUUUGCCUCAUGAAGCACUCUUAGGCUAGCCAAGCUAGGAACCCAUACAUCUGGGUCUUGUGACAACCAAAGCACUCUACCCUGCUGACACUACCCCAUGCCAGGAGAAGAGGAGUGGAUGAGGCUGCAGGUUUUGUUCAAGAAGCUUCAUGAGGGUCUCUUACUACCUUCAUUACACUCUGUCUCCCAGACACUUAUCUCCAUGUCAACGUGAAUCUUUACCAAGCAGAAGGGAAGAUAAACACAAGUGUUAGAGAAGGGAACCGAGGGCAGGUCUUUAAAGCCACACACCCCACACUGUGGACAGAUGCCCUUCUAUGCAGACCGUGCAUGCCUUUGCAGCAGCAAACCAUCCCGGCAGUCCCUGAGCCAAGUAAACCAGCGGUACCUCAUCCGAAGCAUGACCAGGUGCCAGUGAUUGGUGAGGCAGUGCCAAUAAGGCUUUUCACGUAUGUUCCUUCAAUAAGGCCUCCUUGGACCCCAAAGGCUUUAGUCACAGCAGAGCAGCCAUGCCCCUCACGGGGCCCUUCUCACUCAAGUUCAUGGCACCCGCCAUCAAAUCAGCUAAGCUCAAAACAUUAGACACGCUUGGAAAGUCCUGGUUGGAAGCCAUUUCCUCCUGUCAUUUCCCCCUCAUACUCACCACUGAGGCACCAUAGCCAAGUCACCGGUCAGGAACCCCGGCAGGAGGUGGGCCUCUGAGCCCGCGCUGUCCCUGUGUGACCCAGGGGGGUGCCAGAGUGCUGCCCACAGGCCCACGUGCUGCAUGGCUCCAGGGUAGCCGCUGGUCUCUGCCCACUGCCCUGCAGAAGCCGCUGUGAGCCCCUCAGGCUACUCCGAAGAGGAGCACCUUCCUGAGAAUGGCCAGUCCUCCUGGCCCAGCUAAGACGGGAGGAGGAGGCUGACCCCCUUCCUCACCUUUCUCCCUUCCCUCUGUCCUCCCCGAAGGCACAGGCUCUGCCUUUUCCUUCCCUCUCUUGCGCUGUUUCACUUAAGGAAGAAUGCCUGUCACUGACUUUUUAACACUUUAAAGCAUCCCAAGUAAGAUCCCUCCAUAAUUCUGAAGCCAGCGAUCCACUUGAAAUUGUAAAUAGUUUCAGGAAGCUCCUGCCAGGCUGCUCACCCUUUGGUGGUACCUAGUCAGUGUUUGGACUUUUGAUAACUAAUUUAAGUGUCUUUAUAGGAGAGAAAUGCAUGCUGCUCUUUGGCUCUUUCUGUCCAACUUUUCUAGAAGUGACUCAGAGUCCCUUAGGAUUCGUGAAUUUUGUAUAAACCAGCUAUGUAAAGCAGCAGUGGGUCAGAUAGGAAGUUCUUUCCACACUCCUGCUCUCCACCUCUCUCAUCAUAAGGAGUGCCUGCCUCAACUCAUCCCCAACUGCUCUGCCUCUGCUCCGUCCCACAGUUGUGGGUGGGGAUGUUUUUACUCACAAAUAAGGUCUGCAUGAUAUGGAGGGAGCUUUGCUGCUCUGUUCAUGGCAUGUCUCCAGAGAUUUUUUUCUGGAAUCCAACCUCUGCCAUCUUAGAAUGGGAGAGGGAACUUGACCGUGGCUCAGGUGGCUGGGGUCAGAUGAGGAAAAUUCCCAUUAGCCUAGAAAGUGCUGGGCAGAAUCCAGUUUGGAAAGUUACAGCUCCAGUUGGUCAGAAUUGGCUGUUUCCUAUGUAUGACCUACUCGUGGUAUGCCGAUUGGACUGCUUCCUAAGCAGGGCCAGGGAAGUGUGGACUCUUUUUAUAUGAAAGCCUUAGCCUGUUUGGCGCCCAUGCAAAGAACCGUUUGUACUCUCCUACCUUCACCUUCUGUCUCUGUUCUCAGUUUGUAGCACAGCAGAGUUGAACGCUGCGAAACGCUCAGUUUACAGGGAAAUGUCUUCAGUGACCAGUGUCAGAAGUAGGCUGGCUCCUGGACUAGCCUCCUUAGUGGCCAACCCCCAUCAUUUUCCAUAGAGUGGCCUUGAGACAAACAUCACCUCUUUAUUAUGGGGCUCCAGUAGGAAAGAGAAUUUUUUUUUACCUUCAAAGGAGGAGUUCCUGAGCUCUAUCCUGCAAAUGACUUCAGCUCACAGCUUUUGUAGGACUAUAGAUUUCGCUUGCAGCUGUUUUCUGUCCCUAUGAGUCAGUACCAAAUAGCCUCAGCAAGUCCCCGUAUUUGUAGGGAGACAAAUGAAUUCAUCUCACUGCGUCAAAGCUAAAGGGAAGCUGUCGUGGUUGAUGCGAAACACUAGACCAGAGGAGCACAGCCAAAGUGAAGACGGCUG